GGGUUAGGAGGGAGCGCGGGGCUGGAGGCUGCACAGCCACAGGACUAUCCCCUCCCGCAUCCCGGCGGCGCAGGAUUCCUCUUGUUCCUUUUCCUUUUUUUUUUUUUUUUCUUUUUUUUUUUUCUUUUUUCUUCCCACCUCUCUUCAUCACUCUAAACGGGUCGAUUUAAUUAUUAUUAUUUCGUAGCUGUUUUGCUACCUGAGUUUUUCGUCUUGCUUAUUUUUUUUACCCCCUUUUUAAUUUGAAGGUUCUUGAAGACUUUUUUUGGAAAGCCUAAAAAAAAAAAAAAAAAAAAAAAAAAAAAAAAGGCAAGGAAGGGAAAGAAGCCAGCAAGACACUGAAAAGAGAAAGAGAAAGUGGCAGCUGAGAAGGACUGUGAAAUCACCUCCCCUUUCUUGGGCUGUCGAUCAGAGCGAGAGUUGUACAUUAUUAUUGUUGUUUUUCUUUCUACGUCUGUCUGUCCACAUACACGGGCAGAGAAAGAGACAAGUACUGACAGUGAAACUCGAGGAGACCAGCCAUGGUAGCAAGGGCUCAGCCUGAUCGGAAACAAUUACCGCUGGUCCUACUGAGAUUGCUUUGCCUUCUCCCUACAGGGCUGCCAGUCCGCAGCGUGGAUUUUACCCGAGGUACCGAUAACAUCACCGUGAGGCAAGGGGACACAGCCAUCCUCAGGUGUUAUGUAGAAGACAGAAGCUCCAAGGUGGCCUGGUUAAACCGUUCUGGCAUCAUUUUUGCUGGAGAAGACAAGUGGUCCCUGGACCCUCGAGUAGAGCUGGAGAAGAGAAACCCCCUGGAAUACAGCCUGCGGAUCCAGAAAGUGGAUGUCUACGAUGAGGGGUCCUAUACUUGUUCGGUGCAGACACAGCACCAUCCCAAGACUUCCCAGGUUUACUUGAUCGUGCAAGUUCCACCAAAGAUCUCCAAUAUCUCCUCGGACAUCACCGUGAAUGAGGGCAGCAAUGUGACCCUGGUUUGCAUGGCAAAUGGGCGUCCUGAGCCUGUCAUCACCUGGAGGCACCUCACUCCUACAGGCAGAGAGUUUGAAGGUGAGGAGGAGUACCUGGAGAUCCUGGGGAUCACACGAGAGCAGUCGGGCAAGUACGAGUGCAAAGCUGCCAACGAAGUUGCCUCAGCAGACGUCAAGCAAGUCCGGGUCACUGUGAACUACCCUCCCACCAUCACAGAGUCCAAGAGCAAUGAGGCGGCCACGGGGCGACAAGCCUUACUGCGGUGCGAGGCGUCAGCAGUGCCCACGCCUGACUUCGAGUGGUACAGAGAUGACACCAGGAUAAACAGCGCCAACGGUCUGGAGAUAAAGAGCACGGGGAGUCAGUCUCUGCUGAUGGUGGCCAACGUCACUGAGGAGCACUACGGGAACUACACCUGUGUGGCUGCCAACAAGCUGGGAGUCACAAACGCCAGCCUAUACCUUUACAAACGAGUUUUACCCACACUCCCCAAUCCUUUUCCAGGACCCGGCACAGGGAGAGUAGACAACGGCUCCAUGAGUUUGGCCGUCCCACUGUGGCUUCUGGCAGCGUCCCUGCUCUGCCUACUCAACAAAUGUUAAUACAAAUCAGAAUUAAAAUAAUAAUAUUAAUAAUAAUUAAAAAAACAACACGACAACAACAACAACAACACACAAAACAAAACGCGUUAUACAGGAGACAGAGCGAAGAGAGGGGAGAGAGAAAAAAGGGGGGGGAGAGAGAGAGACGACUGUUUCUUUCACAACUUUUGUGUGUUCAGGAGCGAAGAGGGGGGAGAGGAAAAAUUACAGCAAAGAAGACUCAGCAACUUUUAAUCCAAAACCUGAAAAGCAAAAGCCGGCUGUCAAGUCAUCAACUGCCUAGGAGGCAACACGAAGCGAGGGAGAGGAUAGGGCACCAGCAAGGAUCGUGUCGCCGGAGGAUGCUGCAACAGAAACAAUCCAACAAAACCUGCAAAGCCAAUCAAAAAGAAGAUCCCUUUUCUUUUCUCUCCUCCUUCCUCUUUUCCAUACUCCCUCACUUUCCUUCCUUCCUCCUCUUUCUUUCUUUUGCAGAAAGAGGUCUUUGCUUCGGUGUCUAUAGCCAUUUAACUUUUUGGAUGCCCUGGGUCAUUUUUGUGAGCUAAUGCUCAGCCAGUUCAUACUUUUAAAAACAAAGCUGAAAAAAAAAAAAAAAAAAAAAAAAAAAAAAGAGAGAGAAAAGAAAAAAAAAAAGCCACAAACCAGAGCAAGUCACCUGAAGCUCUUUGCACACUGGUGUCCUGUGAAGAACCCCUUCCUCUCUUCAUUUCACCCUGCGCUCAUGUGCACCCAGUCCUUGCUAAACACCUUCUUCCCUGUUCCCUCCUUCAUGCAACAUCACCCCCACAGGCCUGAACUAAAGCUGUGUCAACUCUACUGAAAGCCUACUUUUCUUUCUUUUCUUUUAAAAUCCUCUUCCUUCCCCCCUUCAAUUCAGCCAGUUGUCUUUCUCUUUCUCCUGUGUAUGCCUGUGUGCGUGAGUGCAUGCAUGUGUGGCUCUUGCUCCGUCUUCACUCUUUCUCUCUUUCUCCUGCUCUCUCUAAGCAUGCAAAACGAACAGUCCAUGUGUACAUAUGCUCAUCCUGUUGUAGAUAAUGUCCUGCCUUGUAAGUGUCAGACAAGAUGCAGAGAGAUCACUUUGACAGAGAAGAGGGGUGAGGAGAGAGGGGCAGCUGCAACACAGGUUCACAUUGUGUCCCCUCUCCUGUGUCCUCACUGGCUUUUUGUCUUCUGGCCACCUUGCUUGCAAGAAUCAGUCUGCACCCUUGUCUAGGCUUUUUUUCCUCUCCCACCUCCAACCUGUUUGGCUCUCAGCCUCCAAGUACCAGCAUAGCAGCCCGUGCUAUGCAUGAGUGCUUGCACACGCGCAUGGGGGUGUGCACUCAUGUGCAAUUGUCCAAGAAAGCAGAAGAAACCAGGACUGGCCUACAACACUAUGGACUGAAGAGUGCAGCCACUGUUCCUCCUGGGGAUGGGAGGCUGGGCUGGUGGGAUGUGAGUGAUGAGACCUUGGAUGUCACUAAGCAGCCAUUCCUUUUAGGUAUAGGUAUAUAGGAACGAUACCUCAACAUGAAAACCACAGUCUGGUCAUUCCUAACCAUUUUGGUAGACAUGCAAAAAUAGAGCCAAUACCCUUUUUUGUUGCUUUGUUGUUUUUGUUCUUACUGUCCUCCCCAGUAUAAAAGGAAAUGUAGGCUGUGUAAGGGUGAAUGUGUGUGUGCAUGCGUGUGUGCUGUAUACCACUGCUAUUACAAAACUCACUGCAAAUUCCACAUUGGAAAGAAAUCGGGUCAGAAAAUGUCCAGGAUAUGUGAAUGUAAGAAAUAAAAUAAAUGUCAGGUCCAAAAUCCUGGGCUUACAAAAAAGAAGCUUAAAAUGAUGCAGCAAAGCAGCGGGCAACGUAAUUUUCCCUGCUGUUCUCCUAUCUCAAGGGUGCUGCUGGUCUUUCUGGAGAGUGCCCCACAAUUCCCGUGACAGAAUCACAUACAGAGGUGCCAAUGAGAGAGGCUUUAGUGGUUCCCAGAUGAGGAGAUGAGAAAAAGCUGUGAGAAACAGGACUGAGAAAAUGCUGGGUAGUGGCUGGAAUUUACCACACCAGCACAAGGUCUGCUGCAGGAGCCAGAGUGAGCAAGGGCUGCAAUGCCUGUGUGUGGUUUGGGGCAGAGGGGAGAAGACUCCUGUGUCCCCUGGCCUGUCAUGAGCCAUAGUAUCCACCAGCAUCAAAGAUGUUAAAACACAGGGUUUAUCAGGCAGGCGUUUUUUGGAGAGAGGGAUGUGCAGGAGAGAUCUUUAUUUAGCUCGCCAAAGCUGAGUGACCAUCGCACGACAGCACAGCGUUUCACAGGCGCUCCUCUUUCGAGCAGCAGCCCGUUUGCUCCUCUGUCUUUGCCCUGGGCACGGGGCGGUGGCAGCACGCUUGGCAGCCGUGCUCACAUGCAGGCAAGGGGGAAACAGCCUGGCCUUGCAGCGUGCGGGAGGGGAUACCGCCAGGUGCUCCCUGCCAGGAGGGAAAGCAGGAAUUGCUGCCUGCCAGCCCGUCCCCAGCUUUGUGCGGGUGCGGCGCGGUCCUGCCUGCGCCCAGUGCAGUGCCAGGGCCUCGCACUGCGGCACUGCCGGCGCUGCCCCUCGGCGCUGCCCCUCGCGCUGAGCUCAGCUGCUCCAAGAAGCACAAGGCACACGAUUGAGCAGGGAGUCAAGGGCUCCUCCCAGGCAGCCAGAAGUGCAAGGAAAUUUAUUGAAGAGAGACAUGAGUGGCUGAAGUUUGGGCAUUGCAAGAGUUGGUGCAGAGCUGCUGUGGGAUUGGAUGGUGGUAAUUUACGCUUCUCCCGACCCCAAGCCAUACCUGCAAGAGGGUGCAAGUUGCAAGUGGGCGCUGGUGUUUGAAAUCCACCCAAGGCAUCCAGGAAUGGCUCCCUUCCUCCAAAAUAGGGCAGUCAUUGAUGAGACUUGGGCAUCUCCUUUGGAGACUGGUGUGUGUCAGCCCAUGAAAAAAAUGCCCUGCAUCCUUCAGAGCAUUCAGACAUCCCAGUCCUUGUGCCUAACCUUCAGGUGGGACAUCUAAUUCAGAGUCUUAGUAACAAGUCCAGAUUUUCUGCUGCUUCCACUUUCCCCUGGUCCAGCCAUGAGCUGAUCCUGGUCCCAGAAGCCAGGUCUGGGAGCUGCACCUUUGCCUGCACACUGGCACGAGGAAAGACAACACACUGCUCUUUCUCAGGGCAGUACCUAUGCCUGGAUUCAUUGGCACAGGCUUAAUGAAAAAGGUGGGCAGCCUGCAGCGUCUUGCUGUGCCAGGCUGCUCCUAAGGGCUGAGGACUCAAGCCCACUUUAGGUUCUUUGAUGUCAACGUGGUUGCUAUAGUAGUGCCUGUCCCAUGUGUUCUCUGCACGUGUUUUUGUCACUGUGGGGUCACUCCUAGGCGCUGGGGUCACACACAUCAGACCCCUGUGGUGUGGUGGCAGUCAUCAAGUCCCAGCUCCUCAUUAUCUCACAUCUGUUUUGGUUUGAAGGAGUCUUGAGGGGAUGUUUUUUUAGAUGUCAAGGCACAGAGGUGUAUGGUUAAAAGGGAAGUAUCUCACUAAAAGCAGGGCAUCCAUUUUUUUUAAGCCAUCUGCCCAUUAGUGGGGGAAAUGGCCGCAGUCCCAGUGCUGGGAUCUGGUCUUUCCUGCAGGCCCUGGUCAAAUCUUUGCUGCAUGGCUGUGAAACAGGGUGAAGACCAGUUAAUUGCAGACCUCUCUGAGAAAAGCCACCAGCACCAAGUAUGCCUGUUGUCUGCAGAACUGCUGGGAGCCCCACUUCUGGCAUUGUCUGUUCCUAGCACAGCUGGAAGAAUCGUGGGUAGGUUGGAGCUUGAUUUUCUCCAAGAAUCUAAUCCUGUGAGCUGCCAUGAGCUUCACAGGGUGCUGUAAAAAUCCCUGUAAAAAAAACUCAAGCUGAACUCAAGCUCUCCUGAACUUUGAGAAACUGCUCAAAGCACCUGUCGAGAGGUGAGCCCAGAUGAAUAUAGCAAACACAGGCAAGGUCUAAUGCCUUUUCCCAUUCUUUCUCCCCUCCACCCUCUGAUGGAGAUGUUGCAAUGGCUUUUCUCAUGUCUCAGACCCUUCUCUCUGAAAUUGUUUCUCAUCAUCAUCUCUUUUCCCCAUUUCCAUUGCUAUCUUUCCCAUCACCUCCCACAAAAGCUGUGUUCUUGCUUCCCGCUGCCUCUCAGCUGGUUGGGGACCAGGGAAGAUGGGAGUUUGGAAUGGGACACCAGUUCCUUGAGCUUGUCAGUGUAAUUGUGUUUGAUUGAUGGAGAUUUAACAUUUAGUGUUAUAAAAAGAUAUGAACAAAAUGGAAAAAAAAAGUUGUAUUUCUUCUACUGGUUUGUAAAUAUUACAAGAGUUACAUGAGACGUCUGGUAAUGUCCAAGCAGAGGAACAAAACCUUAGAUUUCAUAUAUGGCCCCAUAAUUGCUAGCAGAUUUCUAACCCUUUUCGGAUGACCGAGAGGAGGGGUGAAGGCAAGACUUUCCAAAAGGAACUGGACAGGGGAACUGCAGCCGCCCCGAGCCACAGGAACUCCAUGCAUGAUUGUAGCAUGUCGCUUGGAGCGCGUGCCUGGUCAGAUGGAAAACGAAGCAAACGCCUGUCUCUGAACGGCUGGGAGGGGCGACAUGGGAUGCUCCAGCCGACACCUGUAUCUUGGCAGUCGUGUUCAUUUCUGUUCGUUUGCGGCCCCACACUCGCGGGCUCGCUGCUCAGUGACACACCCUCUCCUCCUCCCCUGUACCCGCUUUCUUCACCAGUGAAGUUGUGUCGCCCCAUGCUAGCCCCGAGUGCAUGUGAACGUGCCAUUCAUGGAGAUUUCAUUGGUGACAUGCAUUGUGUCAAGAGUUGGUCUUUGUCUGCACAUCUUUCUCACUCCGCUGACUGUUCACCGCUUGGGCAGAUCGCUCGUGCACUGCUGCUCGCCCCACUUUUGGUCAAAGAACAUCCAAGCCCCACCAGCUCUUCUUAGCUCCAGGUGCAUCCAGACCAUGCCCCCAGGCCACCUGUCUGAGCAACCCGGUUCUGAAAGUCCAAGCACACAGCAUGGACAAAGCCACCAUCAAAAGCCAUGUAGUCUCCAGGCUGAGUGGAAGCUACACAUCUGGAAGGAAUUAGGGGGAGCAGCAGAAAGUCCUGAUGAAACAAGAGGAUCUGGGAAGUCGGAGGAGUUAUGCUAGAAUCCUUCACAGCCUCACCAGCAGAAGAUGAUUCAGCUCAGUUUUUGUGCAGUGUUUCAUCACUUCGCCCUUCCCUGGUGAGGGAAUCUAUGGGCACAGGGAAACACUUCUCCUCCCAACCCCUCACACCUUUGCUUCCUCUCCUCCAAGCACACUGACCUGCAGCCCAAAUCAUCAUGGUGCUUGAUGUGAUGUAGCAACUGACAUGGGGGAUGGCUGACCAAGAGAGUAUGACAGAGGAGGUGCCAGGGGGGUGAGCAGUUCUCUCUUUCUCUUUCUCUCUCUCUCUCUCUCUCUCUCUCUCCUGAUGGUGCACAAUCUUACUUCUUCUCUGACUCAAGGACUCAAAACUUCUUGAGUUAGGGAUGCUGGGAGCAAACUGUCCUUUGGGAAGAGCGAAACUUGAGGCAGGGAAGCAGUGGAGAAGCUGGAUGGUAAUCUCCAAGAUGUGAUGCCAGUGGAAAAGGGUAGGGAUGAGUGCUGUCCAUCAUACCCAUGCGCAGAACUCUCAGGUUCACCAGCGAGGAGACCAUGGCCUCUCAGCGUUAAUCUUAGAGUGGCUUCAUUUCCAGUGGGAUGCCCAGAAGACAAUUUUUUUUUUAAUUGCAUGACUCUGCUGACUAAGAGCUGUGUCACACCACUAAAACCACUUUCACUUUUCCUUCUUGUAACUUGCUAGAACAGUGAUCGGGCAGCUCCCAGAGCCCCCCAGAUUUUGCCUAAUGGUUGGCUCCCAUUAGGGCAACAUAUGGUGCUUCUUGUUGUUUCACUCGCUGUAAGAGGGGAGCAGAGCUCAUAUUGGUGAGAGUACGUCGGUAUGGUCCUCUGUACCUCUGUGAGUCAAGGUGAGGGAGUGAGGCGAGGAGACCUGCCAAGGCAGGCCUUGGGCAAGAGGAGGAGCUCUCCUAAUUAGCCCAGGCAGGUGGGAAGCAAAGGAUCCUUCACGUGCUGCAGGCUUGCGUUAGCUGGUGUCACAGCAACUCAGACUGCCUUGAAAGCCCAGUAGAAGUGCCCAGGCAGUGGAGAAGGAGGGGGCAAGGACAGGGGGACAUGACUGCAGCACAGGUGGGGCUGCAUGAGCAGCAGGGCUCCUUGGGCAGUGCAGCUGGGGAAGGGGCAGAGAUUGCAUCCCAGAAGAGCCCUUCUUUCCCUGCCUGUCCUCAUGGUGUGUCAGGAGCUCCCUCCCAGCCUCCCAGGGCAUGCUCACCAUGGGCAAAAAGGGU